UCAGACCAUUUUGCUGCCUUGUGGGUCAAGCAAGGAGCUUUUUGCAGUCUUAACCAGUUUGCUGUUUUGAGUGCCCCUGAUGGACACCAUGCUUUUUGGGGUUAACCUCCUCGUUGGACUCUUUUUGUCGGGACUCUGUGUUCAGUCAUCUCUUGUUUAUCCACAAACCCAUUACACACAACAUGCUUUGCUUCAAAGGCCUCAGCUCACACAGAGCCAGAGCCCUGAACACACUGUGCAUGAGCAACAAAAGGCUCCAGCUGAAGAACGAGAGCACGUGAAUACUAUCAGAGUGACCUGCCACCCAGACUUGCUGGAGAUCGUGAUCAAAGCUGAUAUGUUUGGCGUUGGCGCUCCUGUUAACAGUGAUGACUUACGCCUUGGAGUGGAGCACAAUGAUUUCUGUAGAGCUACAGCGUCUUCAAGAGACGAGUACAGAAUUGUUGUUGGACUAACGGACUGUGGCACCAAACACUGGAUGACUGAAGACUCUCUGGUCUACACUAAUCUCAUCAUAUACUCUCCUGUGGCCUCUCCAGCUGGGCUGAUUCGAAUGGAUGAGGCUGUAGUUCCAAUUGAGUGUCAUUAUCAAAGGAAGUUCAGUUUGUCCAGUUCACCACUCCAACCUACCUGGAUCCCCUUCAUGUCUACCCAAGCUGCAGUGGAAAUCUUGGAGUUUGACCUGAGACUAAUGACAAAUGACUGGCUAUAUGAAAGGAGCUCUAACGUGUUUUACCUCGGGGAGCCCAUCAGCAUUGAGGCCUCAAUCAGAGUUGGACAUCACAUGGGGCUCAGAGUGUUUGUGAGCAGCUGUGUGGCUACACUUAACCCAGACAUAUAUUCGCUUCCCAGAUAUGUCUUUGUUGAAAAUGGAUGUUUGGUUGACUCCCAGCUUCCCGGUUCAAAGUCCCACUUCUUAUCCAGGCUGCAAGAUGACAAGCUCCACUUGGUCAUUGAUGCCUUUAGGUUUCAUGAUGAGGACAGAGGAGAGCUCUACAUCACAUGUCACCUGAACGCUGUACCAGUAAAUGAUGCGGAGGCACCAAAUAAGGCCUGCACCUCUGUAAAUGGAAGAUGGCGGUCGGCUGAUGGUAACGACUACCUAUGUGGAUACUGUGAAAGCCAAAAUGAAGCAGGCCAAACCCACAAUAAGCCCAGCAGCCCUGGCAAGUUUGGUCCUCGUGGGUUUGGGAAGCCAACUGAACCUGAAGCUUUAUGGAGAAGUGGAAUGAAAACCAACAAAGUGUGGGAAAAGGAGACAAGUGUUGGUCCAAUGCUGGUCUUGCCAGCUAAACAGAAAAGUGGGCCUCUACCCUUGGAAGAGCUCCCUCCUGUUCUCCAUAAAAUCAGCAGACCUGCCCUGUACGGCAGCCACUGGAGAAGUGGAAUGAACAGAAGAGUUGGUCUGGAGAAGGGACUGCUUCCUGGGCCACCAUCCACCCCAGACCUGGUGGAGUACAAAGAUGAUAAAAGUGGAACAGACCUACAAAAUGGAGAUGCAGAAAAUAAAGUUGCUGCACCUCUAGAAACGGUGGCUCCUGAGGUCGCAUUCAACCUGAUGCCGGCAGCACUGGACAACACCACAGCAGCAACCAGUGACGUCAGCCCCACUGAUCCGCUUAAGCCUGAUGUGCCUUCACUGUCGAAUGCAACUGCUAUAGAAUCUGACCUUUCAGAUACAAAUGACCCAAAGAGAUAAUAAACAAAUAAAAAAACAA